ACAUAAGCACCUGGGCUGCAGAGAGUGCGAGAACUAAAGCCAGAGGAUUAAAGCAAAUGGCCACCGCCUCGUACUUUGUUCUCGCUGUUUUUCUUGCAUUGGCCUCUUAUCAGGUGUUUGCUUCUGAUCCUAGCCCGCUCCAGGACUUCUGUGUCGCUGACAAGCACUCUCCUGUGAAGGUGAAUGGAUUUGUUUGCAAGGACCCCAUGGCUGUGAACGCAGAUGAUUUCUUCAAGGCAGCCAACCUUGACAAGCCAAGGGACACCCUGAAGAGUAAGGUGGGAUCUAAUGUCACCUUGAUCAAUGUCAUGCAGCUCCCUGGUCUCAACACUCUUGGUAUCUCUCUAGCCCGCAUCGAUUAUGCACCCUUAGGUCAGAACCCACCGCACACCCACCCACGUGCCACCGAGAUCCUCACGGUGCUUGAGGGGACCCUGAAUGUCGGGUUUGUUACCUCCAACCCAAACAAACUCUUUGCCAAGGUGCUCAACAAGGGUGAUGUGUUUGUAUUCCCCAAAGGGCUCAUCCACUUCCAAUUCAACCCCAUCCACGACAAGCCAGCAGUUGCUAUUGCUGCGCUCAGCAGCCAAAACCCUGGAGCUAUUACUAUCGCCAAUGCAGUAUUUGGAUCAAAGCCACCGAUCUCAGAUGAUGUUUUGGCCAAGGCAUUCCAGGUGGAGAAGGGGACAAUUGAUUGGCUCCAAGCUCAGUUUUGGGAGAACAACCACUACUAAGUUAAUCAAUUGUGGGCUUAUUUGUGAAUGAUGCCAUCUCCGGAAUAAUGUAACGUGAAGCUUGCAUAAAGUUUCAUGAAGAAUGUACACUCACUACACAACGUUACAAUAUAAAACCAUAUACUUUUGCGACGGCUUGACUGGUGAAUAUUUGUGAAAUGUGGUGGUCUACUAGUAGCCUGCUUCCAGCUAGAUUUGCUUUGUGUGAAACAUCAAGUUGUUUCAUAUAAGUUGUAGUAGAAAAGUGAG